AUGACUGACAAAAUAAUGUCCCUCAUGCUUUUCUUUCUUAAUAUCACCCUUAUUUGUCAUAUUAUUUUCUAUUCAUUGCGUAUCGUGUCUAUGACAGAUUAAGAUUUUGAUGUUGGCUAUUGUGGGGGUGCCCUAAUAUCAGUCAUGCCGGUAUUCUUUUUCUCAAUUGCAGUCCUUUUCAAUAUUAACAAAUGGAUUUAUUUCUUAUUGAGGAUUCAGGAAGCGAUCAAUCAAGAUGGAGAAGAAUUUAAGAGAAACAUGAUCAUUCUUAAAUUUAUAAUUGCAGGGAUCAUUACUGGCAUCAUAAUCUCAUACGUAGUCCUAUUUUCUGAAUCAUAUUUUUAUAUGAAUGUUCGCAUUAAGCUGUGGGUAACAGUUUGCAUAUUAUCUUUCACAUUGCUGCUUAGAGGUAUCCUAAAUACAAUUAGAGUUGCCGAUGAAACUGAGCUCAGUAAAGAAUUAGAUGAAAGCUAAGAAUAAAAUACCUAUUUUGGUGCCAUUUAUGACACCUUUAUGUUCAUUUUUACUGAUAUGGUACCUAUACUUUCUCAGCUGCUUUCAAUGAUAUUUGGGCUUAUUAGAUCUAAUAAUCAAAACUAAUAUUUUGAUAACAACAAAAAACGCAUAAUUAAUGAUUCUGAUCAGGAAUAACAGGCUUCGCAGCAAUAGACUUAACUUUUGAGGACAAGGGUGCCUGAAAUGGAUUCAUUUGCUACUCUCACAAGCUUUCAGUCAUUCUUUGAUCCACCUAUAAAUGAGUAUGGCCGAGUAAACUAUAUAAGUAAUUUCCCUAAGAGUUCUGAUCAAUUUGGAGUACUUAGAAUGAACAGAGAUCAAGAAUCUAGCAAAAAGAAUUCACUUUAGUCUACUGGAGGUAAACAUAACAUGACAAAUCCUACUAGUAAGAGUAAUUAAGAAAGGACGAGUAUCCUUACCAGAUUAUUCAAGAAAAAUACACUAGAGAGCACGAAUAUAGAGGUUUAGUGA